UCGGGCUCGUAAAUAAUAUAUUUAUCUAUUUUAUGAUAACAAGCUCGUUUCCAGUCUGUGGAGCUUGCUGUACUUACAUUUUUUUUUUUUAUAUCGCUUAUCGUAUGACUUAUUUGACCUUGGAUUAUCACAAUUUGUCCUUCACCCCCCCUUUACGCCCUUUAGACGAUACACCGGCAAUCGACACUGUUAAAUACUUAUAUUUUACAAAUUAGCAAUAAAGUAUUCAUUCCCCCCCACGGCCUAGACGAAUAUUAAUGUGUUAAUAAUGACCGGAACCCGAGGGGAAAGUUGAUAAGUUAGUUUUUAGUUCAUGCAAGGACGUCCGGGAACAUCGUAGAACUUCGACUACGUUCAUCUCUUUUUUUUCCCGGUCGUAUUUUGUAAAACAGAAAUAAAAUGGCAGCCAAUGAUAAAAGUAAAAAGUUUUCACGAUGGUAUUUCGGUGGUAUUGGUUCGGCUGGUGCUGCAUGUUGUACGCAUCCAUUGGACUUGCUCAAGGUACAUCUACAAACACAACAAGAAGGAAAAAUCUCUGUCAGCCGUUUAGCAAUGAAAAUCAUCAGAGAACAAGGAGUGUUCUCGUUGUAUACAGGUAUUUCAGCUUCAUUGUGUCGACAACUGUCAUAUUCAACUGUGCGAUUUGGAAUAUAUGAGGUUGGAAAACAAGCAAUGACCAAACCUGGUGAAAAUGUUCCAUUCUAUAAAACAGUGUUAUUAGCUUCUGCUGCAGGGGCGGCUGGUGGGUUUGUUGGAACCCCAGCUGAUAUGAUUAACGUACGAAUGCAGAAUGAUGUGAAGUUACCACUGGAAUCGCGCAGAAAUUACAAACAUGCUGUUGAUGGUUUUAUACGCGUUUGGCGAGAAGAAGGGUUUACCAGAUUGUUUUCGGGCGCAUCGACAGCUACAAUGCGUGCUGUUUUAAUGACUGUUGGACAAUUAUCAUUUUAUGAUCAAGUGAAACAAUUAUUAUUAUCAUCCGGAUACUUUGGUGACAACUCCACUACACACUUUUUAUCUAGUCUUACUGCUGGUGCUGUUGCAACAACCCUAACUCAACCCUUGGAUGUGUUAAAAACUCGAGCAAUGAAUGCUAAACCUGGCGAAUUUUCAGGUACACUUGAUUUAGUUAGAUAUACUGCCAAGCUUGGACCAAUGGGAUUCUUUAAGGGUUAUGUUCCAGCGUUUGUAAGAUUGGCUCCUCAAACCAUUCUUACAUUUGUCUUUUUGGAACAAUUACGAUUGAACUUCGGUUACUAUAAAGCAUAAUUAAUUGCAAUAACAAAACCAUAGUUACAUGCAAUAUUUCAUUGAAUUUUUAUGCUAUUGACGAACUAUUUUAUUUAUUUAUUCUUCAACAAUAAUUUACAUGCAAUAACUACUAGAUACCAAUAUUAUUUUUAUAAAUUAAUGCUGAACAAAUUCUAAUUUAAGUAUUUUGGAGGGGGUUAAAUAUUUAUUUAUUUAUUUGUAUUUAAGCUGUAAGCAGUGUUCAUUAGUUAAAUUUUUAAUAUUUUAUACAUUAGAAAAAUAUCUAAUAAAUUUAAAUAAUUUAUAGACUUUAAUCAAAGCAAUAAGUUUGCAACAAAAUCAAAAUGUUUGAAUCUUACAAUAUUAAGGAAAUUAUUUAUAGGUACAUAUUAUUACGAUGUAAACAUAGUGAAAUUGUGGUGUUUUCAUUUUAUGAUAAGUAUUAAUUUUCUUGAAAAUUAAUAGCUUAUUAAAUUAAUUAGUAACACAUUUUUAUUGUAUAUUUAAAGAUUAUCUGGUAAAAUAAUAUGUUCCUGAAACUAACACAUGUAUACCAUGAAUAAUUUCUAAACUUCCAAAUGUUGCCAAAUUUUUAUUUGUUAAUUUAUAUUAACAUUCCUCAUGUCUUAAUAUAAUUAAAGUUGUUCGGUACAACAACAUAAUAAUAUAGAUUAAAUGAAUAAUUAAUUCUUACUUUAUAUUCAACUUCAGUAUACAAUAAAAUUGGAAAAAAUCAUUGAUAGUUGGUCUUAAAUGACUUUAAUUUCCUUUAUUAGAAACUAUAAAAAAAUGUCUUGUUUUUUUUUUAAAAAUUAACAGUUAUUAUUUUGUAUUAUUCUUGUUUUUAUUAUUUUUUUUUUGUUUUGUUAAUUAUGACUAAGUUAAGAAAUAUUAACAUUCCUCCGAAAAAAAUGUUUAUAGAGAAGUAUACGAUUUUUGUUUAACCAUAAAAUUUUUAAUUUUUCAUGUGAAUUGAAUUUGAUCUAAUACUUGAUAUUAGUCAAAUUAUAAAUUCAUUUUUACUAGUGAACGGUUUAUUAUUUACCAAAUAGAUCAAGUUCGCGCGACAAUUAAAAAUGUAAUGACCUUAAAAUGUUAAAAAAAAGUUUGUUUUAUUUUAUUUAUUUAUUUUAUAACUGUUAAUUUUUGUUUUAAAUUUAUAGUCUUAUGAUUUAUGAAUGACCACGGUUUUUAUUUUUCUGAUGUAAAAUAUUGUAACUUUAUUAUUUCAUUAUGUGCUGCAUAAAAUUGUAUACUAAUUACAGUAAUUUCAUUUUUAUAACUAAAGAUACUAAUAAAAGAAAAAAUUCAAUUUUA